CGCUGUUUCUGUUUCGUCUUUUGUUUUCCCUUCACAAGCAAGUCCAUUUUGUAUUUUUCUUUAUAGGCCUAGGCUUAGGCCUAGUACAUUAUAAAAAAACAACAUUGUGUUCACUACUUUUUUUGUAAAAUAAAUUCAGACCUUAAAGUGUAGCAGUUGAAGUAAUGUUUAGAAACAAAUAGCGGGUAGCUAUGGCAGUGUAUUGUUGUUGAGAAAGUUUUCCAUGACUUUUUUUUCAGAAUGUCUGCAUCAGCAAUUGUUCCUUCAAGACCAAUUUUUUCCAGCAGAAGUAAGACAGAUUCAUCCGUAACAAAGAAUCAGAAGAAGCGGAAAAAAAAUGAAGGUAAAGUCAAGAAAGGAGGAAAGAAGAAGAAGAAUGCUAAUAAGAAGGGUACAAAGGAACCUAAAGAUGACAGAGAAGCUAAUGAAGACUCUGAUGUGGACAUUGAUAAAGAAUUGAAACCAAUUGGUGAUUACAUCAACAACAGAGAGCUCAUGUUGGAACAUGUCUUCAAGUCUGUCAAGGAACAUAAACUUCAGUCACUCCUUCCUGACAUUCUUAAGGAUAUUGGGAUGGAUGAACUGAAGAUUCAGUGUUGCCAUCAGCUAGAGGGAAUGUCAAAGAAGAGGAUUAGACACAUUCUUGCAGGUGAAGAAAUGGACUCGUCAUCUGGUACUGAAGAAUCAGUUUCAGAUGAUAACAAGAUGAUGGUUGAUGAAGAUAAGCAGAUGGACGACCGGACGAGUCCAGACACUAGUACUGUGGUGCAUUCCACAUGCGACAGUCAAGGCGAGGGAGACUACAGGAGUGUUGGUAGUACACAAGACGAGGUCAACGCCAUCGUUGCAACUCCAGAUCAUUCUUAUGGUGCUCAAGUUAAUCCAGAGGGUAGAAAUGAAGAUGAUCUUGAUGAAUGUUCAUUGAAGUCUGAAAAUGAGAAUGAAGAGAUGGAGGAAGAUAAAGAAUCAGUAACUAGUGAAGAACUUGAAGAAGGAAGUGAGGAGGGUGAAGUAAGGCCUACGAGACAUGAAAUAUAUGGUUUAACACCAGUCGAGAUUGUAAUGGACAAUGAAAAGAACACACAAGUGUCAGGUAACUUUUUUGAGGAGGGGGACAAGGAGGGGGAAGCUGGGACUGAACCCAGUGAAAACAUUGUUGAUACUGGUAUUGAUUUAACAAAUAUCCAAGGAGGUAAUUUGAAAAUUAACAUUUCUGACCAAUCACCAUCAACCUCCAAACCAUCCACUGACCAAUCAGCGUCAACCUUAAAACCAUCCUCCGAACUUGAAAUUUUAGAAUUGGAACUUCGUGCACGUGCUAUUCGUUCAUUGAUGCAGAAAGUUGCUCAGAAUAAAGAAAAUAAAUAGACGUUUGUCAGUUUGAAGAUUAUUGCCAGAUUUUUUAAGAACCAAGCAGUGUGUUUCCUUUCCUGCUUGAAAGUACAGAUGCUUAAUAUGCCUUGCACUUGGAAUUGCCGCAAAGCAUUCAUGGUUUCGUGGAAUGAAAUUUUGCAUUGUAAAGACUUCCGGUGAUGUUGAUUGUUUUUUCAUUCAAAUUCUUCUACAUUUUAUUACGGUAAUCAAAUACCUGUUCACUGCAUUAUCCAUUGUGCUAUAUCAGAUUUGGUCCCAUAUGCCUAUAAUUCGUGUUAUAGUUUCACUGGACUGUGGUGUCCCAUGCGGCAGAAUUCCAACCAGCACUUGAGGAGAAGUUAAGCCUAGCUAGCUGGGAAAAAACAAAAGUUACGAAGGCAUUCCAAACCAUCAUUGAUGUUUAAUGACAGUUGAAUAAGUGAAUCUGUGUUAGAUGUGAGAAAUGAAUGUUUUACAAUUUGGAGACUCUGCCGAUUUACAAUUGGAGUAGUACAACUUAUUUAAGAUGGAAGACAAAAAAACUUAUUGAAUUGCAAGCAGGGCACCAUACAUAUAUGUACACAGAUUAUGUGUGGUAAAUUUUUUUAACAAACUUGAAUCUGUUGAAUAUUCUUAUUAUAUCUGUUGAAUAUUCAUAUAAAUAUUUUGAUUAUUCAUACAUAUGUGUUGAAUAUUCAGCUUAGGCUGUUCAAGAAUAAAUGUAUUUGUUUCACAUAUACUUUAUGUCAUUGUGUUUUGAAAGCUAAUUCUACAGUAACUGUUGACAUUGAUGCAUUUGAUAUUUAAUUGAAGUCAUUUCACGUAAAUUUUCUUGAUUGAGUGUCAGUUCGACAUGUAAGGAUGUUGUUUCAACGUGGACAUGUGGCUUGUCAUCUGGACGUGCCGUAUAAACAACGUCACUCGGGAUAUCAAUUUGAUGUCGUGCUGUCGAGUUUUUGUGACGUCUCUGAGUGCACCAUCAAUUGUAUGUCAUUCAGACUGGCAAUAAAAGCAAUGUUUUUUUAAAAA